UGCGCCUAAACAAUUCAAAGCGUUUGUGUAUGUUUAUCAAAAAAGCAGGCCUAUCACGUAUUACAUUUUAAGCUCUAGCUCUGUGUUUUUACUGUACUAUGUUAGUCAAAGUGCUUCAAAGUCUUAACAAUAAUGUCUUCUGCAAAGCGAGCCACACGAACUGCAACAAAAUCGGUCCCAGCACACCCACAAUCUGAAGAAUCCUGCCGCAGCUUGCAGCACAUCAAGCCCAAACUACGCAACAUCACCAACAUGAUCAGAAUGUCCACCGGCGACGAAACGUCGUCAGGUUGUGAUUCACCUGCAAAAAAGAGGAAAAAAGAUAGUUCCGUGCCCGCCGAAAGCUGUCCGGAGUUGGUGGCGUUCGAUAAACUGCGGUUCGUGCUGGGCCGUCACUACUUUGAUGUUUGUCAACGAUUGGCGCUCGAUUCGGUGCCGCGGUGCGUGCGAAACAUCACCGAAUGUGCUCAGCUGCACGUGAGUAAGCGUAGUCCGCGCACAAAAUGCGUCAGCCUGCUGUACCAAACGAACACACACGACCAGCUGCGGGAGUAUCGGCCAGAUCAGUUCGUCGAGUUCCUUAAAGAAGCCAUCAUGCGCCGGGUGUUUAUCGAUUCCGAAAUGUUUGUAGCUGGGCUGCAGCUAAUGCUAACGUUUAACCGCCCCUCGGAAGAGCUACAGGUGGAAUAUGACGCCGGAGACAUAGUGACCGGCACGGGUGAAGCGCUCGACAAGUGUCUGGAGCAAUGUCCACCCUGUCGGUGGGAUUUACGGCCUGCCUAUCAGCGCAUCGUGUUCGGUCAGCUUGAGGCAAAGUGUUUCGAGAACUGUGACCAACGGGAAGGCCUCUUCCGUAACGUGCUGCAUCUGAUCGAACAUUACAUCGAAACGGGACAGGAACGGGUGGAUUGUUCCGGUUCGGGUAAACGAUCAACACGUGCCCAACGGUCAGAGGAUGAUGAGCUGUUUGCGUACAACUAUAGUUCCUGGAUGUUGACAAACCGAUUGUGCUACGAUUUCAAUAAGUUGUCCCGGGAGGAACGGUUUGAGCGACUGUUUGCGGUACUGGAGAUAUUGGUCAAACUGUUGGAGAUGGAUUUUGCCAUGUGGAUUCUUCGCAAUCCUACCAAAACGCAUCAAAACCUGUGCAAUCCAUCACGCAGUCCUCUGGUAGCACAGCUCUUCUGGAACGGUGACCCUGGCAGUGUGAAUCUCCGCAUCAAGAAGCUGUUCCAGAUGUUUGUCAAUAUGAACGCGUUGCAGUACCCACAACACGAUAUCGCCAUAGUAUCGCGCCUCUUGAACGUUGUGACGGUGGCGGUGAAUCUGAGUGAAUUCCAGCACAGCGAUGGACAGAUACAGUAUCCGUGCGUAAAGGACAACAGCCUUCACUACGCCCGGCAGCUCUGGAAAACGUUAGAAUCGUCCGGAUACUUUAGCAUUCCCUUGUGUCUCGCCACUAUACGUAACCUUCGAUCAUCAUUCCUACGUCUUCGGCUGUCGGAGCAUUUGCUGCAAAAGUUCAAUCGAAACAUCACCCUGCUCAACGUGCGUAGUUUCUUUCAGCAGCUGUUGAACCGUUCCUGGUUGGAUUGUGCGGAGGAUGAACAACGAUACGAUGCCCCAGGACAAUCGGCUUCCACCCUUUAUCCCGUGCUCAACCCACAGCGUACCCGGUUGAAAGUGUGCGAGAUUCAUCAGCAACAAUACGUGGACCUGUUGCUGAUCGGUCUUCGGGCGUACUGUGAUAUGCAUCAGUUACCAGCCUACUUCCGAGAGAUUAUGGUGCAACCAGCAUCGGAAACAUCUCGCACCACCACCGCCGAAGACACGGUUCGGCCAACACCAUCCAAAGAAUGUCCACUGGAAGCACGCAUCACGGCUCCCAUCCUGCCCGACGAACGGAUGAUCUUCCAAGGCGUGGCCAUGAGCGGAGAGAUCGUGCUGGAAUAUCGGGACGAUAUUAAGUACCUGCUGCUAAUCGAACAACAACUGAAAAAGCUCGAAUCAUCGGAAGAAAAAGCACUCUUUCACGGCUGGAUGUGCUUCCUCGCCGAGGUGGACCCGUCACUGACGAUACUCUGACGUGCGAUAACUGAUCCAGCGUUGGGGAUACACGCACUCUUUUUAUUAGCAUAUUAAUAAUUUAUACGAUGGCGUUUUAUGGAUGGAGCUACAUAUUUUUUGAAUAUCGUACUAAUAAAACGCAACCUAGGCGGGCAAUA